AUGGGACUGAAGAAAGGAAACGUGACCGAACUUGGAGAGCUACAAAGUUUACACUCACCUGCCAAAAGUAUCCGGAUACUUUUGGCAGAUAAAGAUGAAGGUACAAAAUGGACUAUACAGCCUUGGAAGACAACAGCUGCUGAAUCAGGACCUGUUGUUUCUAUGAAUAGUGUCCCUGUUUUACAUAUUGUAAAUACUGUUGGGGCGAAUGUAUGGAAUAGCAGAAGCCCUGUAUAUAAUGCUCACACAGUUACAGCAAUUGGUAUUGUGGAAGGUGCUCUUUUUGAUGACCACCCACUAUUUCAAUCUAUUCAAACAAUUAUGUUUAUAAUGGAAUGA